ACUAUCCUCUAACCUAUAUCAAUUGGAACUAAGUAUGAUAUCGGCAUUGUUUCUAUACGACACAAAGGGUGAUGUGCUCAUGUCCAAGGUUUACAAGGCGGGCGUCAAGCGGAACAUUGCUGACGUUUUCCGCAUUCAAGUGAUCUCCAACCGUACAGGUGGUGGAGAUGGUAGUGCUGCUCGAGCGGCCGCAGGUGGUGGUGCUGGAGAUGGAGGCCCCGGAUCUGUGUCUGCAGCUGCCAGUAGUGGCGGUGCAGGUGAGGUCAGGUCGCCAGUGUUGACGUUGGGGAGUACGUCGUUUGUUUACAUUAGAAGCGGAUUGGUUUGGAUCUGUGCCGUGACGCGAUCCAAUCAGGAUUGUGGCCAAAUCUUGGAAUUUCUCCAUAAAUUGGAAUCUUUGUUGAUGGUGGUGGUCGGUGAAGAGGCCGAGGGUUACGGUGCUUUAGACGCCGCGCUGGACGCUUCGCUUGGUGACUUGGGCAGUGGUGGCAGUGGUGUAGGCUCUGGAGCUGCUGGUGUAGGAAUAUCCGCUUCUAUCGCUCGAGCUCGUCUCCCCAAGACAACCCUCACAGUUGAUCUAGUCACCAAUAACUUCAAUACGAUCUACGAGUUGUUGGACGAGGUGGUGGAGUUUGGAUACCCCACGAGUCUUGAUUUGGCCACCUUAAGGCCGUACAUGACCAGUGUAGGUGGGAACGAUGGGUUAUUCCGUAGGGCUCUACUUUGGGGAAAUUCCGGGGCCAAUAGCUCCAGCAGCACUCCUAGUAAUACUGGUAAUGGUGGCUCGUCUUCCAAAAAGGAUGACUCGGGGUCACCCCCCUCCAACGUCCCCUGGAGACCUCAAGGGAUCAAGUACCGUAGAAAUGAAAUUUUUUUGAAUGUUGAGGAGAAAAUCCACGUGCUCUUGGCCCCUCAGGGUGAUGUUCUACGGUCAUAUGUCGAUGGGAAGAUCCAGAUGAAGACUCAUCUCUCAGGAAUGCCCGAGUGUAAGUUUGGGUUGGGCGACGGGAGCGUUCUUUUGAAUGAAGGAGGGUCUACCAGAGGCGGUGGAGGCGCUGACUAUGCCACGGGGGCCAUCCUUGAAGACUCCAAGUUCCACCAAUGUGUUAGUCUCCGACAAUUCGACGAGCAAAGAACCAUCAAUUUUGUGCCACCAGAUGGAGACUUCCAACUCAUGUCGUACCAAUGUCUUCAGAAUGUGACGCUUCCCUUUACCGUACAGGCACAGGUUGUGCAACAGGGUCCACAGAAACUACUUUACCGAGUGAAGAUCAGUCUGUGCUUCCCCAAUAAGGUGCUUGCCCGAGACGUGGUACUCACGGUGCCCACCCCAAGAGGCGCAGUCGCUAGACAAUACACCCAGACCCUGCUGGGCAAGUGUAAGUUCCACCCAGAGGACAAUGCCUUCCGGUGGAAAAUCAGCAAGUUUGCCGGACAACAAGAACAAACAUUGACGGGGGAAGUCGAGCUCGGCACCAACGAAAGUGUCGGGUCAGGCUCCGGCUCCGGUUCCGGGUCGACCGUGACAAACUGGGCACGCCCACCAAUGAACCUCGCAUUCAAUAUUGACAUGUACCUGAGUUCCGGUCUCACGGUCAAGUACUUGAAGGUUCACGAACAGGCAAACUAUAGAACGGUGAAAUGGGUAAAGUACGCCACUCUGGCAGGAAGUUACGAUAUCAGAUAUUAGAAAUAGUUAAACCCACAGCGACAGGUUGACACACACACUUGUUUGUUCUUUGUAGACCCGUCACUGGUUGAAAAUAACGGCGAUUCACGGGGGGCGCCCACAGGGUGGGGUCAGAGUAGGAGUUCCAGAUGAUGCCUUAGGGGAAGGAGAGUACCCACCCUACGGGGUGUGUAAUCCGCUCCGCUGGCACUCCGUGGGCCACUAGCCGUGGAGGCUAUGUUCCUCUAACGAGGAAGGUCAGGAGGGGUGGCCAGGACUCCUCGUAGAGGAGCCAGGCACCACGUAGUGGCUCUCCCUGAGUAGGGGCCAGCGGAGCGUUUUAGUGUUCCACAGAGAAGGAGAACCCCUACGCUAAAGGAUUAGCAAGUUAGUCGUGCGGGGCUCCAUGGAGAGUCCCUUCAAGGAUAGGAAUUAACGGGAAGGUCUAGUUGUUGGUAC